AUGACAUCUGUUACUACUUAUGAUAAAGAUAGAGAAUUAUUCGCUCGUGUUGGUAAAGACAACAAGAUCGAAGUUUUCAACUCUUUUAAUUGUAAACUUUUACACACAUUCGUAGAAAUUGAAGAAUCAAAAAAUCAAAUUAUUUUAUUGACAUUCUCAACACACGAUAAAAGUGAAAAAAAAGAAUAUUAUAAAAAUUUAGUAGCAGUAUCAAAUUCAGGUAAAAUUUAUAUGUAUGAUUGUAUUGAUUUUAAGAAAAAAGGUAUUUUCGAUACCCAUUCAAAAAAUAUAACAGCAGUAGUAUUAGGUAAAAGAUAUUUAUUCACAUCAAGUCAUGGUGGUAAAGUUUCACAAUGGGAUAUAAAGACAAAACAUAUCAUAAGAUCAUUUGAAUCAUCAGAGAAAUCAAUUUCAUCAAUGGGAUUAAAUAAUCGUGAAUCUCAAUUAGCUAUAGCAAAUAAUGAUAUCACAUUCAUUGAUUUAUCAAACUUUAAAGAAUCUAAAAAAGUUUCAACCGGUUCAAAUUCAAUCAAACAAAUUCAAUUCACUCAAGAUGAUAAAUUUUUAAUUUGUAAUAGAUAUCAACCAACCAUUCAAAUUUAUAAUAUAGAGAAAUUAACAGCAAAUAAUACCAAUACUACAGAACCAACUUUUACUUUAAAUGCAACAAGCCCAACUAAAUCAAUUUCAAUUUUUACUCAUGAAAUAAAACGUGCUUCAAAAACUGUUACUCAAUAUUUAAUUUCUUCACUCUUACAAAAUUCACAAAUUAAUAUUUGGGCUUACUAUCAAGAUGAUCAAUAUAAUACAGAUGCUGAAACUCCAAUCACCGAAAUUACAAAUAAAUCAAAUCAAAUUAUUUCAAUGAAUUUCCAUUCUGCUUCUGAAUUAAUUUUAGCUUUCUUUGAAAAAGAAAAAUAUCAAUUUGAAAGAGUUAAAUUUUUUGAUAAAAAAUCAUUUAUUAAAUCAAUUACAGUUGAAAAUCCAAUUGAAUUUGAUAAAACUACAACAAUUAAUAAUAAAAAACAAAAAACAUCAGAAACCAUUUCAAUUCAAGGAAAUGCAGCAGAGAUGAAACAAGAUAAAGUUAAUUUACCAACAAUUAAAAAAUCAACAGAUUCAAUUGCAUCAGCUGGUACAAUCGUUGAUUUAAUUGCUCAAAGUUUGAAAUCUGAUAAUGAUAACCUUUUAUUAUCUUCAAUUAAAGUUAAUUUCAAUGUUAUUCAAAGUACUGUUAAAUCAUUACCAUCUCCAUACGCAUAUAGUCUUUUAUCAAAAUUAUUAAAAUAUUUAGCAACUGAUAAUUCAAAAUCAUUAAUUGUUUUACCAUGGAUUAAUUGCAUUAUUAAAGAUCAUUCAAGUUAUUUAUUAUCAGUACCAAAUUUAUCAAAGAAAUUAUCAGUUUUAAAUACAAUUAUUCAAGAUAAAUUUGAAUUACAUAAUAGAUUAUCAAAAUUGGUUGGUAAAUUUGAAUUAAUUUCUAGUCAAACUAAAGGUGAUAAAACUGAAUCAAUCGAUUAUGAACCAAGUCUUGUUUAUGAUGAAGCUAGUGAUAAUGAGCAACAAGAUGCUGAUGGUGAUAUGGUUGAAGAAGAUGAUGAAGAUGAUGAAUCUGAUGAAUUCGAUGGUAUGGAAGGUGCUGAUGAUGAAGAUGAUGAAGAAAUCGAUGAUGACAUCGCUGAUUUAAUGGAUGAUGACGAUGAUUUAUAA